AUGUUACUGGACGCAGGUCACCAGUUCCCCGGACUGGGAGUUGGCACGUUUGCCAGGCAUCACACGGCGAGCGAGAUGCAGGAGAGAGACUUGAGUUUAGCACAGAAUAGCUUCGUCGACUCUGCACACAUGGGUGCGUUUAAACUGAACCAUGAUCUUUCUCCGGGACAGAGCUCUGCCUUCACCUCCCAGGCGCCCGGCUACCCCGCAGUGGCGUUGGGGGCUCACGCAGCCCAUGUCACCUCGUACGCGAGUUCCCCGUUCAACUCCACCAGGGACUUUCUCUUUCGCAGCCGAGGCUUCGGAGAAUCAUCUCCGGCGAGCAGCCAACACGCUAUUUUCGGCCCCGCGGCGGGGUCUCUUCAUCAUACCCACACAGACAGCCAAGGCCACAUUCUGUUCCCCGGGAUCCACGACCAGCAUGGGUCCCACGGAUCCCCGAAUGUGCUCAAUGGGCAAAUGCGUCUUGGACUACCGGGCGAGGUUUUUGGGCGUUCCGACCAGUACCACCAGGUAUCCAGCCCAAGGACCGACCCUUACUCGGCCGCCCAGCUCCAUAACCAAUACAGCAGCAUGAAUAUGAACAUGGGGAUGAACAUGGGAGCCCACCACCAACACCACCCAGGUGCCUUCUUUCGCUACAUGCGGCAACAGUGCAUCAAACAGGAGCUCAUCUGUAAAUGGAUCGACCCAGAGCAGCUGAGCAACCCCAAGAAGAGUUGCAACAAAACUUUCAGCACCAUGCACGAGCUGGUCACGCACGUCUCCGUGGAGCACGUCGGGGGACCGGAGCAGAGCAAUCACAUUUGCUUUUGGGAAGAGUGCCCCCGCGAGAGCAAACCGUUUAAGGCGAAAUACAAACUGGUGAAUCACAUUCGGGUCCACACUGGUGAGAAACCCUUCCCCUGCCCCUUCCCUGGAUGUGGCAAGGUCUUCGCAAGGUCGGAAAAUUUGAAGAUUCACAAGCGUACACAUACAGGAGAGAAACCAUUCCAGUGUGAGUUUGAAGGCUGUGACAGGCGGUUUGCCAACAGCAGUGACCGAAAGAAGCACAUGCAUGUCCACACGUCUGACAAACCAUAUCUUUGCAAAAUGUGUGACAAGUCCUACACACAUCCCAGCUCUCUACGAAAACACAUGAAGGUCCACGAAGCGGCCCCUCCAGCGUCCGACUCCUCGCCUGCAGCCAGUUCUGGUUACGAGUCAUCCACACCGCCCGGCUUAAUCUCCCCCACCACCGAGACCCAUAGCAACAACAAUCUUUCACCCGCGUCCGCAGUCCACAAUAACAACAACGGCCACAGCAGCCUAUCGUCUAAUUUCAGUGAAUGGUAUGUUUAG